GCUAUGUCUGUUGUCGGUGUACUUCAAGAUGAUACUGAUCUAAUGGUUAGUGUCAUGAAACUUGAGAAAGAACCUAUAGAAUCACAUGCAGAUAUUGGUAAAAUACUUUUGGCUAAAGGCGUGGCGAAUCAAACAUCUGCAACUUUUCUGUGCGUUAUGGGUUCAGAAUUGAUCCAAAAAAAUCUUAGAAAUGGUCCAAAACUUGUUACGCAAAUUAUUCCGUGUGGUGAAAGGGAAAUUCAAAGAACUAUGUUAGAACUUUUGAAUCAGUUAGACGGGAGAAUUACAUUAUCAGAUGAUGUGGAUCUUGAGGAAUUUGUAUUGUCUAAAGAUGAUUUGAGUGGUACUGACAUUAAGGCUAUUUGUACUUAG